AUGCCAAGUCCGCAUACUAAUCGUCGAGAAAGCGGCCCGGCAGAAGGCAGCCACAACGGCAUUUUCGAAAUUUCUGCAAAACAUGGCGCAUUUCUGGAUAUCCAUGUCCCUGUCGUCUCUUGCCUUAGACUCAACGCCCACCAAAGGCGCCGGGCUGUCAAUAUAUGUCUGUUUGCUUCAUUCUGUCGACAGAGGCAAUCCGUGACACACAUGAGCGCAGGCUUCAAUGCUAUGAAAAAGUUCUCUGCCGCUCUGCAGAUUUCCCGUCACAACACAAUUGCAAUAUGUAAUUAUCGACUCCUUCAGCGACUCGGACUAGAUCCGUCAAUACUUUUUACCAUGGAAAGGUGGUCUACACGUACUACCCCUGAAGCUUAA